UUAAAACGCUGUAAUGUUAUUUUACAUUUUUUUAAACAGGAUCAUAUCACGAUCAAAAUUACCACAGACAUUCCGUCCGUACUUCAAUCUUCAGAUGUGUUUUUGUGCCUUUUCUGUCAUCCACGACUGUAUUCUUCACGCUCGUAUAUACGAGCAAAUGAACACUUGCGAGAUCACCGCAGAACAGCAGUUUCGUACGGAGGCUGUUGUAUCUCGUAAGGUAUCGUCCAAAUGGUUAAAAAAUUAUGAAAAUCCUAAAGGUCACCGGGUAAUGACUUAUAUAGAAGAUGAGGAGCUGAUAGAUGGCCUCUACAACUUCUUGGAUGAAGUGCUGUCAAGAGCUGUAGGCACUUUUGAGAGGAUUGACAGAGUUGGCAUCAUUCUGGAUGUGCUGAUACCAGAGCUGUACAAACAGAUGAGAGGAUUUCUCUGCCAGAGGCAAAAAAUCUGUUCAUGGAUGGACCAGCAGACAGUGAGUGUGAGAGGGAAGAGUUUGAAAUACUGUACUUGUUUUACAACAGUUGGAAGUACAAGGAAAGCACCACUGAGACAUUUAAACUCGGGAUUACAUCUCAACCCUACUCAAAUAAAUGUGUCUCUUUCUUUACUUCUCUUUUGUCUUUUUUAUUUCUGUGUGUUAUAAUGACUGUGCAUAAUAGAGUUGUAUAUAUUUAAUGUAACUAUUGAUGUAAAUAAUAAAGGACACUUUCUGUUAUUGUUAGAUUGUUGAUUAAGUUCUGUAUAUUUGAAAUUGCUUGUCUGUUUUUAGACAAUUGAUGUCAUCUGGAUUUUUUCUUUAAUUUUUAUAACUGCUUUGUACAGUUGUUAUGCAUUUUACAUUGUUGUUUUAUUUAUAUAUAAUAUAUAGAA